AAGCUCUGCACCUGCAAGGAGCUCUGAGUUCAUCUGGACUCCAAGAGACACAAACACCUGAGCAGGAUGAAGAUGAUGUCCAGCAUCCUGCUGCUCCUCAUCCUCAGCUCAUGUCUCUGUGCAGCAACAUUUGUAGUGAAUGUGACACAGAGCAGCUAUCAGGCAGAGGAGAAGCAGAACAUCACUCUGGAGUGGACCUUCACCUGCAGACCCGACUCCUGCAUAAAGUUCAAGUUUAUAAUUUAUACUCUGAUCACCGAUGACAAAUUGUCAGUCUUGUUCCACGAACAUGACGGAGUCGAGGUGCCAAUGUCUCAGGAUGUAAAGUUUGUAGGUCGAGUCCAGAGCGACAAAGACGUCCUCCCAGAGGGACGGACCAGACUCCGUGUGUCCGGACUGAGGACUGAGGACUCUGGUCUGUAUCUGUGUGAAAUGAAAACGUUUGAUGACUUCAGCUCUGCAGCAGCUGAACUGGUCGUAUCUGCGGCUCCUGAGCCUCUGCAGGUUCAGAGAACGAGACUGAAACGCCAAACCGAAAAUCGAAGUAGAUUCGGUCUUUAUGUCGUCCUGAUGCUGAUAGCAGCAGCAGCAGCAGCAGCAGCAUCUUUACUCAUGUGGAGAAGGAAACACACUGGUCAAAAAUCGAGUUUACCACAGUCUAUUAAUCAAGUUUCAAUCUAACCAAACCAGUUUUAAUGUAGGUUUAGUGCCUGUAAAAAUAUUCAUACUAAUUUUUUAUUUUCUUUAUGUUUUAGGUCAACACAAAGGGACAUGUGGUUGUAAAUUAAAAAAGGAAUCUGAAAAGUGUGGCCGGGUUUUGUGUUUAGCUCCCCUGAGUGGAUACUUUGUUGUUGCUGAGGUUUUACGGUAUGUUUGAGAUCCACACCCAGACUCUGACCUUUCUGCCCUUUGUUCUGAACAGAGCAGCUCAAACCGAGUCACUGCACAUGACAUGGAUGUUUCUUUACCCUUCAGAUGAACAUUUACUCCUUUUGCUAAUGUUAUUAUUCACAUUUUCAAUGUUUUGAGGGCAGUUUGGGCUAAAUAUGUCUGGUGUGAUUUGAUUGAUGUAGUGGCCGGAUGCAACCAGCAGGGGGAGUCUGGCACUAGCACUUCCUCCUCAGACGGACCUUGUCUGACUCUUUCAUUAAAAUAUUCCCGUCUUUACGUAAACUCAAAUACGGAAUAAAAGGGAUUUUCAAGACCUUUGUGCCAUAAAUCUGGUCCAUUAUGGAUCUGACUGUAUUAUAAAGCUUUAUAAGCCACUUUGUUUUGGUUUGACACAUAAAAUCCCAGUGAAACAAGAAGUUUGGAGUUGUGAUGUGGUAAAAUGUGAAACGGUUCGAUAGAUAUUUUGAUGUGAACACAUUACCUUCAUGGUUCCUCCAGGCUGUUUGAAGUUUAUCUGCAUAUAUAAGCUAAAAAUGAAAAGCACUUUCUGCCAGAUGUUUGCUGUGUUUGUAAAAUAAAAUGCUUGAGUUUUAAA